GACAUUACCGACUUGCAUAUGAUUGGUGGUGAAGGUUAAGUGAGUGCGAUGUAUUAUCAUCCACCUAUCUUCAUAUUCAAGUAUCUAAGCUCUCUCCCCAAGCCAUGGAGCAGAAGGUUGCCAUAAUGAAGCUUAAGGCUGACCUUCAAUGUAGAAAAUGUUAUAAGAAAGUCAAGAAGGUUCUUUGCAAAUACCCUCAAAUUCGAGAUCAAAUAUAUGAUGAGAAGAAUGGUAUAGUGACCAUAAGAGUAGUAUGCUGCAGCCCAGAGAAGGUAAGAGACAAUAUUUGUUGUUCAGGUGGUGGCAUAAUCAAGAGCAUAGAAAUAGUGCAACCACCAAAGCCCAAACCAGCACCCGAAAAGCCCAAAGAUCACGAUAAAAAGCCCGAAGGUGAAAAAAAGCCCAAUCCUGGACCACCUAUUGAUCCUCAACCUAAACAAAAUCCAGCUCCGGCUCCAGCACCGGCUCCAGUUCCGGUUGCGGCCGCACCGGCGGUAAUGUUUCCUCAUACAACACCAAUGUCAGUUCUAUCAUAUCCUCCACAAGUUGUUCCUUAUGGAUUUGGUUAUGGGUUUGGGCAAGGUGGGCCUCCAGAAGUUUAUGGGAGGCCCAUAUACGAUAGCUAUGGAUGGAGUGGGCCUUGUUAUGUGGGCCAUCACCAUGAUUGCUUGCGUGAAGAAGAGGCAUCAACGUGUACAAUAAGUUGAAUGGGGUUAUAAAGGUUGAAGAGAUUUUAUAUAAUAAUUUUAUUUGAUAUAUAAAAGUUAAAUAAAUGAGUUGGAUCUCAUAAUUCAUAGAAAUCAAAAUUUAGAAAGUGCUUAUAGAUUAUCAUCAACAUGGUCUUUACUAAUUAGACCAAUUUAUAUUUAUAUUUUGUUGUAAAAAAUCAUUCAAACUUAAUGUUGUAUAGGUGAAUUUAAUCAAGUUUUUUUUCUUCAUUUUAA